AUGGCUUCUUUGUAUGCGAACACAGUCGAUGUUCAAGACCACCUCCCAAAAGCAUGCCGACGCCACCGGUCGCGUCCCGGAAACAGCAGUUUUUAUUCGGCCACCACGGACCCCUCGUACACUAAAGACGGUGACGAUCCUCAGGAGGCGGGCAUCACGUGGAAGCAGCGCCCAAAAGAACACUAUGCAGAUCAAUAUCCAGCCCUAGCGCACUCGUCACAUCCGCCCUCGUCAAGGCAUAACCACAAACAGCCUCCAACCGACUUGAUCUCCACGGUGAACGACACUCGUCAACUCUUGCACAAGAUCAACCCAUUCUGUGUGUUGGGGCCCGACGAGGUCCAUCCAAAGAUCUUGAAGGAGACGUCGUCCACACCGGCAAAUCAUUUAUACCUGGUGUUUCGUCAGUUACUUGGCGAAGGCCGCCUUCCCUCUGCUUGGAAGGAAGCGGUUGUCACACCAAACCACAAAACUGUUGACCGACUAUUGCCUGGAAGUUACAGGUCUACCAGCCUCACUAACGUGCCAAGCAAGCCGCCGGCCCUCUUGGCUUUGGCGCGCCCGACGCCGCAGUUCGUUUCACGUUUUUCCGCUGGUCUGAUGGGUCGAGUCAUACGGAGUCAGCGUAAAGGUGCUGGAGGAGUUUUCAAGGCUCACACGAAGCAUCGGAAAGGUCCGGCGCGUCUCCGUGCGGUGGACUACGCCGAGAGACAUGGUUAUAUUCGUGGCGUCGUAAAAGACAUUAUCCAUGAUCCUGGUCGGGGAGCUCCGCUAGCUCGUGUGGCCUUCCGUGAUGUGUACUCGUAUAAAACGAUCAAGCAGCUCUUCAUUGCGGCAGAAGGUAUGCACACUGGUCAGUUUGUAUAUUGCGGAAAAAAAGCGAAACUGCAGAUUGGCAACAUUCUUCCUAUUGGAGCGAUGCCAGAGGGUACUGUUGUGUGCAACCUUGAGGAGAAGUGUGGGGACCGCGGGCGGCUCGCACGAGCUAGCGGGAACUAUGCCACAGUGGUGGCUCAUAAUGUCGAUACCAAACGAACCCGAGUGAAGCUGCCGUCCGGGGCUAAAAAAGUGCUCCCUUCUGCGUGCCGAGCUAUGGUUGGUUUGGUCGCUGGUGGUGGAAGAGUUGACAAACCCAUCCUGAAGGCCGGUCGGGCGUAUCACAAAUACAAGGCCAAGCGUCACUGCUGGCCUCGUGUUCGUGGUGUGGCCAUGAAUCCGGUUGAACAUCCCCAUGGUGGUGGUAAUCACCAGCACAUUGGCAAACCGUCGACCAUACGUCGCGACGCAUCACAUGGUCGGAAAGUUGGUUUAAUUGCCGCUCGUCGGACUGGCCGCAUUCGUGGUACACGAACCAUAAUCUCGAAACCAGAGAAGGAGUAGCCGUUUUAUGUGAAAUAAAUCUUGACGGAGCAUAUGGUCGUGCUAAAAAACAGUUUGGGUGUCACAAGCAGAAGCAAAUACUAUCGGUAUUGUGCAGCAAUUGUGACUUUUCAGUGGCUGCAGUGAUUUCC